AGGGAGCAGGUGCCCGCUAUGCUGGGCCCCAGGGGCUAACGCAACCUCGCUGCAGGGCGGCCCCUCCCCUGCACACUGUGGGCAGGCCGCACUGCAGGAGAAGUGGCCGUGGGCAAGUGCUGGCGGCAUGGUGAGCAGGCAUCCCCAAGCCCCACGUGGCCCCCACGCCUGGGGGCUCCGCUGCAGGGGCUGACUGGCUGGCUCUCACAGCAGGAGCAGCGAAACCAAGUCUGCAUACACAGCUUGCCCUGGACCUGCUGCCCAACCAGCACCUGCCCACCGGAACGACGGUGCCCACCCGCAGCCAUGGGCCCCACAGCGGGUGCCCUGGUAAGGCUGGGCCUUGUGCUCCUGGUGUCCCUCACUGCCCACUGUGCCAGCCCCCCAGCAGAGGGCAUCUCCCCAGGAAGGCUGGACACUGGCAGGGCUGACCUGUGGGCCAGCACCAGCACCUCACUCGUGCAAGACUUCUGGUGCCAGCCAGCCAGCUUGCUGUCCCGGGAUCAGCUCUCUGCCCUCAUCAGGAGAAUGGCAACGCAGCACGUGCAGCUCAGAGCCUGGCAGCUCAGCUGCCUGGCUAACCUGGCCACCCUGCGGGGCCUCCAGGGCGACUUCCAGCUACACCCACCUGACCUGCUGCUGUUCUACAACCUGGCGCAGGUGAGGGAGGAGGAGUGUCGGGCCUUCACACGCCGAGCUGCUCAGGGAGACACAGAGCUGCUGGCCAACUUGCCUGACCAGAGGGCCGCCCUGCGUAACACGGCUCUGGCUUGCCUGGGGGGUCCCCACCUACAGCUCAACGCCUCUGACCUGCUGAUCCUCGGGGUGCUGGUGUGUGACCUGGACGCAGCCAGCAUCGCAGCGGCCGACCCUCACGUGCUGCAGAACCUGCAGCGCUGCCCCCGGCUGAGCCCUGCCCAGCAGGAAGCCCUCAACCAGCUGCUGGCCAGCGGGAGGACGGCACUGGGGCCUCCCGACUCCUGGAACCUGGAGGGACUGCAGACUCUGGGGCCCCUGGCCACCUACAUCAGCCCCAGUCUGUGGAGGCAGGUGCAGGAGGCUGUGGGCCUGGAUUUCUUUGGCAGCGUGGUGUCUGAGUGCCGCGCAGGGCGGCUGCGCCAACGUGAGGCCAGGCGCGUUGUCACCAGCUUCCUGGAGGCCAAGGCCCAUCUGAGGCCCAAACGAGGCACAGGGAGAGCCUGCAUGCGCGGGGAUAUCACAGCGGCCACGCUGCGUGACGACCUGUUCCUGGUGCACUACGACUGUGCCCAGCUGGACUCCUGCCUGGGCAGCCACGUGCUCAGAGCCAACCUGGACCCGCUGCUGCAGCAUCCGCUGCCCGCCGAGUGCCAACGUGUUGUCAAGGCCAAGCUGGCUCUGACCUACCCGCGUGGGGUCCCUGAGGAGCAGCUGCGGCGCAUGGCCUCACUGGUGUACCUGUACUCACGUGCCGAGAUCGGCCAGUGGGACAUCUCGUCCAUGGACACGCUCGUGGCCCUGCUGGCCUCGGACGCUGCGCUGAACAACCAGACCGAGGCCGUCCUGCAGAAGUUCCUGGACCACAACGGCACCCUCACAGGUGCCCUGCUGGUGGCCAUUGGGGGCUCCCGCCUCUGCUGGAUGAGCCCGAGACAGAUCCAGACCAUCAGGCCCUCGGAGUUCCGGCUGGCGGGGGACCUGGACAUCUCCUCCUGCCCCCAGAGCCGGAAGAAUGUGCUCUUCGCCAAGGCCCGCGAGGCCUUUGGAGGCACCCAGACGCCCGACAUCUACUACCGCCACAUGCGCCCCUAUCUCGGUGAGGCCUCUUGGGGUGCGGGGUGGGCAGCCCCUCCUCAGCAGCCUCUGGCCCCCAACCCCUCACACUGCUGGCACCCAGGUGGCGCCUCCGUGGAGGAGCUACGGCACCUGGCCCAGGCCAACGUGUCCAUGGACAUCGACACCUUCACCAACCUCAACCCACAUGUGCUGCAGAGCCUGAGCCUGGACAACGUGACCACGCUGCUGGGCCAGAAUGUGGGGGACCUGCAGAAGGCACGAAGUCACCCCACCAUCAGCUCCUGGCUGCGCAGCCUCAACAGCUCAUCCCUGGGUGAGCUGGGGCUGGACGCCAACCCCUCCAGCCCCACAGGUCCUAGCCACCCAACCAGCAGAACCCCCAACACCCCAUCCCUGGUUCCCCGGCCAGCUCACACUAAGGACCUGCCUGGGAAUGCCGCCGUGGUCCCCAGCUCAGGCAGCCUGGUGGCCCCCCUGGGUUACCUGCCCCUGGCAGUGGCCCUGCCCUCCGGCCUCCUGUGGCUGCUGCGUGGGGCAGUGAGGACUCCGACUAGGACAGCAGUGCCCACACCACAGCCCCCAAGGACAUCAUGGUCCCAGUGCCACCCGCAGGACAGAGGGGACCCAGAAGUGUACCUGGAUGCCCAGCCAGGCCGAAAGGCAGGCCCUGAGUGCAAGGGACUCCAUCAUGUGUAGCAGGUCCCCAGAGUCUGUGGGUCUACACCCACCCACCUCCAGCAGAAUGUGGAGCUGCACUGAGGCCCAGCUGACCCAGGGACCCACUGCCUGGCCCUCAGGCUCCUCGGGACAGAAUGGGAGCCGUUCAGGGGCUUCCCGCAGUGACGAUGGCCUUGCAAUGACAUGAAUAAAGGCCAGGGUGACCAUC